AGAAGUGAGCAUUUUUCGCGCUGGUCGGCCUCACAGUUUGAGUUACCCGCAAAAGCCUUUUGAUUCCACUUGAAUGAAAUCCUCCGAUUUCCAGGAUGGAUUAUAAGAGCACUUUUUCCCAUUGACGACCGAGUGGACGUCCGGCAGAGAGUGUACAAGCUGUUGAAUGAAAUGGACAGCAAAGGGAGCUCCCUGCCAUCGAUGCCCGAACCAGCCAACCCCGUAAGCAUGAAGCAGCCGCCCGAGUCCCUCGCCGUGCACAAAGCUCGGGGGGACAUGAGUGUGGACCCGUCAAUGCUAAUGGACCAAGCCGCCGCCCAGCUGGCCGCCACUUUGCAGGACAGCGUGCUCCAGAAGAUGUCCAACCACACUCACAAUAACCACGGCCACGAGACGCUCAAAGACCUCACCUCCCUCGUCCUCAACGGGGACCAGGACGCCAUACCCAAGCUGUGCGCUGCAGAGACGCCCAUCCUUAAAGGUGCCGAAUCCCCGCCUUCCAGUGGCACCCACCAGCUCACCUGCAGUCCGCACGGCGAGCCGGAACUGAAGGUAACCAUACCCCAGGUGGUCCAGGCACCAGUCUUGGAGCCGUGCUCCGCCGGCGGGACCAGUUUGUCUGCCGGUGUUGAAGGUACGAUGUCUGCACCAGAGCAAAGACAGGAAGAAAAGAGGGGUAGGGGGAGGCCUUCCAACCCUAAACCUCAACCCAGACCAGGUUCCUCUGGCGCACUUGAAGAGACACUCGGCUUUGAUCCUGUUUGCAAGGCAGGAGAUGAGCCUGCUGUCAUCUGUCAGUCAUUAGCGGACACCCCAAAAGUGUUUCCAAUGCAGAGAAGAUUCUCUGUAGGUGAUGUGGUUUGGACUAAGGUGUCAGGAUACCCCUGGUGGCCCUGCAUCGUGACCACAGACCCUGAAUUCAACCAUCACUUCAAACUCAACGGUAAAAGUAGAUCAGGCCUCACUUACCAUGUACAAUAUUUUGGAGAUGCCCCAGAGAGGGGCUACAUUUUUGAGAAAAACAUGGUGUCCUUUGCUGGGGAGGACCAGUACCAAGAGCUCAGCCUGCACAACAACCAGCCGGCAUCCUGUGUCAUCCACAAAAAGACGCUUCAGUCGGUGCCCCGUAUGCUGCGGCCUCAGUGGAAGAUGGGCGUGAUCCAGGCCACAGAGGCCCUUGUCAUGACGCUAGAUGACCGCUUAGCCACCUUUACCUUUGUGUACGAUGACAGCGGUCCUCACCUAAAUCCCUGCAUCCUGGACAAGCUGAAGCCAGAACCAGGUAUGGAGGCAGAGACCCGCUUGCUGCUGGGCUCAUUGGCCCAGCUCACAGCAGCCUCCCAGUCCAGAGACGGCACUUUCAUGGGGACCAACACGCAAACGACCGCGGUUAAGCAAGGAGAAUGGCUUGAUGGACUGCAAACACUCCCACAGGAUCACAUGGUGCUAGGAUCAGUCGUACAUCUCAAGAAGAAGCGAAGGCCCAGACAACCUCAACCCCGUUUACAGACGAACAGGAGGAGGAAACCAGCCAACAGAACCAAAGUGGCAGAUGGUUCACUUUCAGGUUCAGCUCCAGCAAAGAGAAGAUCGAAGCAGAUAAGGACAACUGCGUUAGACGUGAACAAAAAUCAGCAGCCCAAAAGGAGGCGAAAAAAUUCCACGUCAGAGGGAGCUGAUGAGAAGCCGAAGAAGAGGAGGAGGAAGAUUGACAAAGAAGUAAAAACGUCUAACGUGCCUCUUGCAGACGUCCACGAAGCAGAGAAACAAAAGCGGCAGAGAAAGCGAGUGCAGAAUGGAGAUAAUCCCAGCGAAGUCUCAAAGGCAAAAAAGAGGCGCUUGUCACUGUGCCCUGAACUUGAGGGCUCUGGAAGUGAAGGAUGUCCUGAUUCUCCAAGUGACAGCCUGGACGGGAUGAAGAAGUGCGAUCGCAAGAAGGAGUUUGUUUGCCAGGUGUGUGAGCAGGCCGGCGAGGACCUGUUGCCGUGUGAAGGCCAGUGCUGUGGGAUGUUUCAUGUCCGCUGCCUGAGUGAAAACUUCAAAGCAGACGACAAGCUUGUGUGUCAGGAGUGCAGCACACGUGCCCACUCGUGUUUCACGUGUAAGCGCUCAGACGGCGAGGUGCGUCGCUGCCACGUGGCCAACUGUGGCAAAUUUUACCAUGAAGCGUGUGCCCGCCUCAGCCCCCUCACUGUGUUCGACAACAAGGGCUUCCGCUGCCCGCUGCACACCUGCCUCAGCUGCCACUAUGGCUGCAGCACGCAGCACAAGUCCACUAAAGGGCGGCUGAUGCGUUGCCUGCGCUGCCCCGUCGCCUACCACGUCGGCGAUUUGUGCGUCGCCGCAGGCAGCGAGAUGGUCACCAACACGGCCAUCGUCUGCACCAACCACUUCCACGCCAAGAAAGGCUACAGCCACCACAGUCACGUCAAUGUCAGCUGGUGCUUUGUCUGCUCCAAAGGAGGGCAGCUGCUGUGCUGUGAGUCUUGUCCCGCCGCUUUCCACCCUGACUGCCUGAACAUCGCCAUGCCUGAUGGGAGCUGGUUCUGCAACGACUGCCGGGCUGGCAAGAAGCCCAAAUACAGAGACAUCAUCUGGGUCAAACUGGGAACUUACAGAUGGUGGCCUGCGGAGAUCCAGCAUCCCAGAAACAUCCCCACCAACAUCCAGCACCUUCGCCACGAGAUCGGAGAGUUCCCCGUCUUCUUCUUUGGCUCGAAAGACUAUUUCUGGACCCAUCAGGGACGGGUGUUUCCCUACAUGGAGGGCGACAGAGGCAGCAAGUACCAUAAGACCGGCAUCGGGAAAGUCUUUAAGACUGCUCUGAUGGAGGCUGAAGCUCGAUUCAAGAGUAUGAAAAUGAAGCUGGAGGCCAAGGAAGCCCAGGCCCAAAACCGCAAGCCGCCGCCGUACAAGUCCAUCAAGGUCAACAAACCCGUGGGCAAGGUCCAGGUCUACGCCGCCGAUAUCGCCGAGAUCCCCAAGUGUAACUGCAAGCCGUCGGUGGACCGGCCCUGCGGCUUCGAGUCCGAGUGUUUGAACCGCAUGCUGCAGUACGAGUGCCACCCCCAGGUGUGUCCAAGCGGGCAGCGCUGCUGUAACCAGGACUUCACCAAACGCCGCUACCCCGAGACCAAGAUCAUCAAGACCCCCGGCAAGGGCUGGGGCUUGAUCUCACUGCGGGACAUCAAGAAGGGCGAGUUUGUCAACGAGUACAUCGGCGAGCUGGUAGACGAGGACGAAUGCAGGGCGAGGAUCAAGUACGCGCAUGAGAACAACAUCACAGACUUCUACAUGCUCACCAUCGACAAGGACCGAAUCAUCGACGCCGGUCCGAAAGGAAACUACUCUCGCUUCAUGAACCACAGCUGUCAGCCUAACUGCGAGACGCAGAAGUGGACCGUCAACGGCGACACGCGAGUCGGCUUGUUCGCCGUCUGCGAUAUCCCAUCAGGAACCGAGCUGACCUUCAACUACAACUUGGACUGUCUGGGCAACGAGAAGACGGUGUGUCGCUGCGGCGCUCCCAACUGCAGCGGCUUCCUGGGAGAUCGACCCAAGAACUCAAGCGGCGCAGCGACCGAGCCCAAAGGCAAGAGGCUGAAGCGCAAGUGCAGGAAGAGGCGAGCGGAGGGCAAGAAGUCGGACGACGAGUGUUUCCGCUGCGGCGACGGAGGCCAGCUGGUGAUCUGCGGCAAGAAGACGUGCACCAAGGCGUUCCACCUGUCCUGCCUCAACCUCUCCAAGAGGCCCUUCGGUCGCUGGGAUUGUCCGUGGCACCACUGCGACGUCUGCGGCAAGAACUCUGACGCCUUUUGCCAGCUGUGCCCCAACUCCUUCUGCAAGGUCCACCAGGAGGGGGCGCUACGCCCGUGUCCACCCACGGCCCAACUGUGCUGCAUGGAGCACGAUGAGCAGGAGGCACGCCUCAAGCUGGACCAGGCCGCCGCCAUCCUGUCCACCAAGGCCGGCAGGGCGCGCGUCGGCGAGGGGAAGGGCAAGCGCUCCAGGAGGAAAGCGGCCGAAGCCUAAGUGACCUUCCAGAAAACUCCAUGGAAUGAAAAAAAGUCUUCGUCCAACUUCUUCAGGUUCUUCUUUUUCUUCCUGCACUGAACUAACUUCCUGUGGCGACGCUGCAGACAACAAACCUCCACCAAAAGGCCUUUUUCUUUUUUUUAACGUCAUAAAGUCAAGGUGCUGCCAUCUUGGA